CACCGAAAUAUUAUUUCCAUCUGGCCUCACUUUGCUGGCUGUCCCGGUUUCCGGCUGGAGGAAGGAAGGCCUCUGGUGCUGGGAGUGUGCCACGGUGAACCACAGAUAACGGACGCUCCUGUCUCCAACGCCUCACCAAGCCUUGACUUUGACCCUGGAACUGACGCAACGUUUUCAGCGUGUACACGCCGUGUACAACUUCGCAGUGGGGCACAGGACAGCGGCGGGGCUUCCAGAAGAAAGGCGUGAGGGACAGCGGGAGGAAGAAGUCGCCGAUUUCCUAACUCAAAAUGGAGACCUCGGCGAUCGAGAUGGAGGAGCACCACGAAGGCGAGAACGGGAAAGAUUUGGGUCAGGCCUCGGAUGCGUCAGUGCACAACGGAAAGAUGGAGCCCGCCGACGAGAAUCCCGACUCAUCCGACAUCACCGAGUCCACGCGCCCGAUCUUCAUCAUGGAGGAGGCGAUAGAGGAGCCGUCCGCCACGUGCUGCGGCUGCGGGGAGGAGAACAAGGAGCGCGGGAACUGGACGUGCCAGUGUGAGAUGAUCCUGACGUCCAUCGGCUGGGCGGCUGGACUGGGACAGCUGUGGAGGUUUCCCAUGCUGUGCUUCAGGCAUGGAGGAGGGUUUCUUGCUGUGUGGCUGGGUAUGCACUUCACCUUGGGUUUCCCCCUGGUUCUGUUGGAGAUGACGCUGGGACAGUUCACCAGCCAGGGACCCCCCCGGGCGUGGAGGGGGGUUCCACUCUUACACGGCAUUGGGUUUGCAGUUGUUGUGAUGAUGUCCAUCCUAGCGAUAUACUACAACAUCAGCAUGGCGUACAUCCUACACUACUUGUUUGUGGGCAGUCUGCGCGACCUUCCUUACAUGGUGCGCUGUGACAACUACUGGAAUACUAUGGAGUGCAAUGACUAUGGUCUCACCAACAAGACCCGCUGUCAGGAAGUGGCUGGCUUCAUGUGGUACGAUGACAGCGCAGGGUUCUGGCAAAACUACACACAGUGUCCGACAAAGUCUGCUCCCGAAGAGUACUGGAGGAAUUAUUUGCUGCAGAUAUCAGACGGUCUGGAGAACAUGGGUGCAGUCCAGCCAGGUCUGGCAGGGUUUCUCUUCCUGUCAUGGCUCAUGGUGUUCCUGGUGCUCGCUUUCGGUAUCAAGUCUGCCGGGAAGGUUGCGUACCUGACGACAACCAUCCCCUUCGUGCUUCUGGUGUUCCUGUUGUUUCGAGCCAUGUCAUUGGACGGAGCGGUGGAAGGACUGAUAUAUCAUGUCACUCCAUUACCAUAUGCAGGCUUCAAUAACACAGACCUGUGGGUGGAUGCUGUGAUGCAGGUGAUCUACUCCCUGGGUGUGGGGUGUGGUAGUUACACCAUGCUCAGCUCCUACAACAGAUUCCACAACAACACAGUAAGAGAUGCCGUGCUGGUUGUGUUAGCCAACGUGUUGGUGGGUAUCCUGUGCCUGUGCAUGUCUGCAGGCUUCUUGGGAUUCCUCUCCAAACAGUUAAAUGAGCCCAUAGAAUCUCUAGUGUCGUCAGGUCCCCACCUGGUGUUUGUUGUGUUCCCCCGUGUACUGGGGCUGCUGCCUGCCUCCUACCUGUGGUCCAUCCUGUUCUACCUGACUCUGCUGCUUCUCGCCUUCAGCUGCCAGUUUGUAAUCGUGGAGACCAUCGUGACGUCCUUACUGGACCUGUUUCCAGCGGGUAACAACGGCACAGGCGGGCUGUGUAACCGGCGCAUGCUGCUCCAUCUCCUGCUCACCUUCACCAGCUGUAUCCUCUUCUUCCUGCUGGGCCUGCCUCUGGUCACACAGGGUGGUCUGUACCUGUACAACUUGCUGGAUAAUUUUGUGUGCUCUGGGUUUGUCCUCCUGCCCAUCCUCCUCCUGAAGAGUAUUGGCAUCUCCUGGUUCUACACGAUCAACCGUUGGGGUCGUGACCUGAGCCACAUGCUGCAGUACUCGUGCUGUUACUGCUGUAACAAGUUAGUGACAGUAGUGUGCCAGGUGUGCUGGUGUCUGCCUGUCCCGCUGUACCUCGUGGGAUCCCUUGUGUGGACAUCUCUAUUGUGGCCCAACGAGCUGUAUUUUGAGAGCUACAAGUACUCAGAGGGACAUGUUAUAAUGGGCUGGCUCAUUGUCGGGGUAGAGCUGGCACCCAUCCCUAUUGUUACCAUCAUCAACUGCUGUCUGGCAUGUUGUGUCAAAGGUCGUACCAUCAUCAGACCCCCUACGGACUGGGGACCGUACCUCCAGCAGCACCACAGAGGGAAGAGGGGCGGCAAGGUGCUGAGUCAGCCCCACAUCCCCCCCAAACCCACCAUCAUGGUAGUGGACUCUACCGUCACCAGUUUGUGAUAUGCUGGACUAUUCCAUCAUAUGAGUGAUGGAGGGGAGUCAGCUAUCUUUGCUCUUCCCAUUUUCAUUUGAUUGAUGUCAAUCUUCACUAUGUCAAAAUUCUGCCCGUAGCCACUCACAAAAACGUACUCAACUUUUAAAGAGUUUGCCCCAAAUUUUAGAAUACAGCCUACAGGGAAUUUCAAGGCACUUUAAUGUACACUGAGGAGAACAAAAAUAGAUGGAUAUUUUGUAUCUAUUUCUACAAUGUAUGUCUAUUUGUGCCAUGGUGCAGCAUUUUAAUGUGGUAGAACCCUUUUAGAAUUGAACUUUAAAGGUUUUAUGGAAAUGAUAAUAUGGCUGCCGUAAAGUCAUACUUGUGCCUUGGGACCUCAAUGUUUUUAAUUUUUAUAAAAAGAAGGGUGUAAUAGUAGGUGAGAAUUCUGUGCCUUUUAAAUGUAAAGUAUUUUGUGGUAUGAAACCUGUACUAGCCUGGCCUAUGACAGAGGGUUCUAAAUGCCUUAGUAUAAUUAGAGUGAAGAUACUCUGAGAUUCCCAUUAGAUUGUAAACUAUUUAUUAUGUGAUGUUCUGAUUGCACGGUUUCUUCUGCACUAAUAAUUAGAUUUACUGAAACUAAACUUGAUGUAGAAUUUUCUUGACAUGUUGAGCCAAUCACAGUAAGAUACAUGUAGAGCUAGUGAUGAAUUGUGACAAUAUGUUGAAUAAUGAUACCAGAUUAGUUAAGUCGAUAGAAUAUUUAAGACUAAAAGGUAGACCAUUCUAGGUUUGUAAGUGUGAAUACAUGAAGGUGUAAAUAUGUUGCGACAAAAAAAGGAACAAUGUUAAUGAAUACGUAUACUGACUGUGAAACAGUUAUGUGUGACGCUACAUGUACCCUGUUUUUAGGAAUUAAUGAACCAUGGCUUUGAAUGUACAAGUAUGUAAGGUACACCCUGUUGAGUGU